AGGGGAGGUUGCAGUGUGCAUCGCGUGGACGCGUUUUAGUUUAGUCUCUUUUAGUCGUCUCCGUCGUCUUCUUACGCCUACCGCGAAUCGUGUUCUUGCGACCGAGUAUCAGACAUUCGAGAAUUGACCGCCGUACAGGUGAAUGAAGAAGUCGGACGGUGAAUUGCGGGCGGAAAAGUUCGAAUACGUGAAUUAACGAUUCAGAAUUAAUAAACUAUAAUUAUAAAACGCUCAUUGUUGUGUUGUUGUUGUUAUUAUUAUUAUUAUUAAUAAUAACAAUAUUAAUAGCUGACUAAAAUUACUUUUAUAGUAAUAAAAAUCUACGGUUUUUGAAAAAUGACCGCCGCGUACGACGACGAUACGAUUUCUCCAUGCCGGCAAGAAGACGUUAAGAAUUGCGAUGUGCCGGUGAAUUUCACUUCGCAAAAAAUUGUAGCGACAACUUUGGAUGAAUCCGUAAAUAAUUCGAGCUUCGAAAACGGAGCUGCGGAUGAAAGUUCUCAAGCCGCAAGUCGAAAGUCCGAGGAAUUACCACUCACCGAGGCUAGUGCAGGUUCUAAAACUGUGAAUUCUUCGACAACAGGUCGAUGUGCCGACGUAGGAAACAUAGUGGUUAAUAAAGGCGAAGGGAAUUGCACAAGCUCCGAACAAGGGAACUUAUCGGAAACGUGUUUGAUACGUCGUAGGCAAAAAAAUGUAGAGAAGAUCGUUUCGGACAUGGAAGAAACUCUUUCGACCAUUGAUGUACAGAAUUGUAAUGUUUCUAAAACAGCGGAUACAAAAACCGACGAUAAACCGUUUAAAGAUAGUUUCAACGUUGAAAAAUUAUCCACAGAAUUGAUAGCUGCCGUUUCUUUCGAUCCACAAUCACCGUCUACCUCGGACGGCAAUAUCCGCGAAGAGAAAGAUCUGAGCUGUAAUCUUACAGACGAGAACAAAAGCGAAAAGCUAGCCAUUUCCCAAGAAUUACUUAUCGACAGGGAUCCAUUGCCUUCUGUCAAUCGUAAUAACUUUCAAGAAAACGGAGUGAAAAUUAGUAUCCCGUUCCACGAAUGUGCCUCUGAAUCGCCGGAUGAGUGCAAUACAGAAAAUGGGAUCCAGGUGUCGAAGUCCAGAGAUCAGAUCAAGACGCAUCAAAACGUUUAUAGAUCAAAAGGGAAUUCUUUUUUUCCCGAAACAAGGGGCUCUGAUUCACUCGACGAAAGAGGCGGGGUCGCCGAAUUUUUGAACAAAGAAAACUUUGAUGAUUACGACCCGGGAUGCGCGAUGAGUUUUCACGAGGCAGUUCGUACUGGAGAUGCAAAGAGCAUCGAGAUGCUCGUGGCACGCGGCGUUGUUCAAAAUAUUGACGAACCGGAUUGGAACGUUUCGGGGGAUCCGCCGUUACUUGUGGCGGCAACAAAUCACAACCUCCCGGUUCUGAGGGUCUUACUUUCAAAUGGCUGUGAUCCUGGGGUCCGUUCUCCACGUGGUGAGACUGCGCUUCAUCGUGCGAUAAUAAAUGGCAGCCCAUCAAGCGUAUUUGAGAUAGUAGAAGAGCUACUUAAAUAUGGAUGUCCAUCGACGGUGAAAGAAGCUGGUGGGGGGUUGACGGCGUUGCACAUUUUGACACGGCAGCUGGCGAAUGCGCAAAGUUCAAAGAGUCUUCAUCACAAUUUUGACAUAGCUUUAAAAACACUAGAACUCCUCGCAAAGGUUGGUCCAGUCGAUGCCAAAGAUCAUCAAGGAAGAAGUGCUCUGCAUCUGUUGGCGUCAUCUUCAACAUUUGGCAACAGUCAUAAAGUAGAAAUUGAACCCAUGAUAAGAACACUUUUGGAAGCUGGAGCGGAUCCAGCUCAAAAAAAUGACCGUGGCGAAACUCCUCUGCACGAAGCUCUAGAGUGUGGCGCACUCAAUACAGCUUUCCUUCUGAUCCCUCAUACACCUACCGGUAUAACAUCCAGAUAUGGUGAAACACCUUUACACAUUGCAGCGAGAAAAAAUCAGUCCGAAGUAGUUGAUAGUCUGCUUAAACUUGGGGAAGAUCCAAGCUUACAGGAUGCAGGUGGUAACACUCCGCUGCAUUUAGCUUCUGCAAGAGGCUUUCAUCAGACUGUUUCACUACUGGUUACUUCGCCUUUGGCACAGUUGGAGAAAACUAAUGAUGACGGAUUAACAUCGCUGCAAGUUGCCGCUGAAAGCGGUUUUGUAAACGCAGUAAAACUUUUGUUGAAAGCUGGUGCUGAUCCUAGUCAAACUGCUAAUUACUGUGUCACUACUUUACAUCGUCAUCCUGAUAUAUCUGUAUUAAUUAAUCAUGAGCUAACGAGACGUCGUCAGCUUGCUGCUUGAACAAUUUCACAGUAAUAAACGAUAUUUCUAUACAAUAAUAUUAUUGUAUUAUUUUUAUAAUUGUCUCAUUUCUUCGAAAAUUCAUCGAAUUAUUGUGAUAUUAUUUAGUUAUUGGGAUUUUAUUGUCAAGCAGUUGGUCAAUGGUUCACGAAUUGGCCUCGUAUCGCAUUUCACUCUGAUACACUUUGUCAGCCAUCAUCAACAAGAUGUCAGGUAAUGGUGUAUUCAUAAAAAAAAUAAUCAAAUGCUAAUAUUCUAUCAAUACAGUGAUUAACACCGAUUACCAUUUUUACUGUACAGUCACGUCUAUAUGUUCUAAUUUUAUGUAAUAAAACUGUUAUCCUGUGGAUUGAUUACAAUGCCGUAGCGAUUAAUACAACUUAUAUCGAAUGUAGCCGAAUUUGUUAAUAUUUUUAAUA